UGUGAGGAAAAUGAAGCUUAUUUAGUUGAACUGCCUAAACUAUUGGCACACAACUAGAAAUUUCAAUCAGUUGAGCUACCCUCUACUGUCUGUGACAGAAAGAAAUUGGCUGCUAGCUAUUUCUGAGGACUAGCUUCUACGUGUUUUUUUUUAAACAUCCUGUAGUUCUUGUCCAGAUUGAUUAUUGCUUGUCAGCACGGCUGGGUCCCAAACAACGGGUUUGUUUCCUUACAUAACCACCCAUUAAGAUUUUGGAAUGUGACUGCGUGAAGGGCUGGCCCCGAAGUGACUACAGUUUCAGCACUUUGUCUAAGCCAAGAUCUGUGUAAUGUAUGGAACAGUAUGUUAAGCCUACUUUAAGUAUCAUUGCACAGAAUCACAGAUGGUAUACGAGGUCAAGAGUGGAUUUGAUGAAACUGGAAGGAGCUGAUUUUCUGCAGCCAAAAUUAAUACUCCAUUUUAUUAGGACCUUUUUCAUUUGAUAUACCCUCUCCAAUCUGAAUCUAUAUACUCACCCCGGCUUUGACAAUGAUGAUAAAGGACACUUCACUGCGCCAGGAUCCAGACCUCAGGAAAGAAUUGGCUUUGCUGGCCCGGGGAUGUGACCUUGUUUUUCCAUCAAGAUUCAAGAAGCGACUGAAGGCGUUCCAGCAAGUUCAGGUUCAAACAAAGAAAGAGAACCUUUUGCCCCCGACACUGAGCGAGUGCAUUCCGAAGUUCUAUUUUCCUCAAGGAUGCCCCAAGAAGACUCUCAAUGUAGAUGCAGUAAUUGCCAGGAUAGAAAAUGUGUUUACUCAGUUUGAAAAUGAAAAGGCUACCUUGGAAGACAUGGGAAAAAUUGCCAAAGUAUGUGAUUGCCCACUGUAUUGGAAAGCCCCGUUGUUUUGUGCUGCUGGUGGGGAAAGAACAGGAUGUGUGUCUGUCCAUAAGUUUGUUGCAACAUGGAGAAAGGUAUUGCAAAACUGCCAUGAUGACGCUUCUAAAUUCCUGUAUCUUCUGUCAAAACCUGGAUGUAACUACUUGGAGCAAGAAGACUUCAUUCCAUUGAUACAGGAUGUGGUGAAUGUGCAUCCUGGAUUAACAUUUCUCAGAGAAGCCACAGAAUUUCACACUCGAUAUGUCACCACGAUCAUACAGAGAAUAUUUUACACAGUAAACAGAUCAUGGACAGGACGAAUAACAUGUACAGAAAUUAGGAAGAGCAACCUUCUGCAGAAUAUAGCCUUAUUGGAAGAGGAAGAUGACAUUAAUCAGCUCACAGAAUUUUUCUCAUAUGAGCACUUUUAUGUGAUCUAUUGCAAGUUCUGGGAACUUGACACUGACCAUGACCUCUACAUUGACCAGAAGGACCUGGCAAGACAUAAUGAUGAUGCGAUAUCAAGUAGAAUGAUAGAAAGAAUUUUCUCUGGAGCAGUUACGAGGCACAGAAAUGCUACAAAAGAAAGAAAAAUUGGUUAUGCAGACUUUGUGUGGUUUUUGAUUUCAGAAGAAGACAAAAAGACAGCAACCAGUAUUGAAUAUUGGUUCCGCUGUUUAGACCUUGAUGGAGAUGGAGUGCUUUCUAUGUAUGAACUGAACUAUUUCUAUGAGGAACAGUGCAAGAAGCUUGAAUGCAUGUCCAUUGAACCAUUGCCUUUUGAGGACUGCCUCUGUCAAUUGCUCGAUCUUGUUAAGCCAGAAUGUGAAGGAAAAAUCACACUUCAUGAUCUGAAGAAAUGCAAGAUGGCAAAUAUAUUUUUUGACACCCUUUUUAACAUCGACAAGUACUUGGAGCAUGAGCAGAAGGAUCCUUUUUCUAUCCAGAGGCAGGAUGUGGAGAAUGAUGGACCGGAAAUGACUGACUGGGAGCGGUAUGCUUUAAAUGAGUAUGAAAAUCUGGUGGCUGAGGAAGCAGCGAACGAAAACAGGAAUGAUGGAGACUCAGAACUAUCUGACUACUAAAAGAUACUGCUCUUCUAAAGAAACAAUGUGAAGAUCCCUUUGAAAUGAGUGUCCUAAUAAUCAGCAUCAAACGCACGAGUUUGGAAGGUCAAUGUUAAAGGAGAUUCUGAAGUGCACAGUGUGGAGUCUUUUUCUAUAGGUUAACGUUAUUUAUCAGCAUACAUUAAAAAUUAGUUGUUAGAUGUGAAAGUGACAGUGCAGCAGGUCUGCUUUGAAGAAUUUUGAAAUAAAAUUAAAAUCUGUAUACAGAUGCUCCCUGCCCCUAUCCCCAGGUUGUCUACAAUUGGUAAAUUGUUUUUACUUCAUUUGUAGUUUGAUUUGCCAUCUAAAGUUCUGUUUUGUUUUUUCAAUUUCAAAGUUUGAGAACUGAUGUCAAAAACGUUAGACAAAGAUGAGUGUGUUUGAGCUGCUUGCUCAUCUUCCUGGGAGUGCAGACUGUAUUUACUGUGCAGUUAGCCACAAUGUACUUGACUAAUUCUGGAGUAAAUAUGAUCUCUGUAGUUGACUGAAGGAGUAAUUGGGUUCAAAAGCUAUGCCUGAUUUUUAAAUAUAAAAAGCAAUAUUAUGCAGCUAAGACACCAGGGUAAGAUACAGGUGAUAAUUCAGUGGUUCUUUUUUUUGAGUAGUGUUGGUAAACAAUGAAGCUAAAUGAAAAGCCAUAAAAACUGAUGCUCCAUGCAGCAAUUAUUUGUUAGACAUAGAAAAUUGGUGUGUGGCAUUUAAAAAUAAUAGUAUGGAUUUAUGCCGCUUUUAGAACCUGAAGCUGCUUGUGUGUACUGCAGUCGUGAUACUUUGAUAAUUGUGACAUUUCAAUAAUCUGGAUGCCUUAAAAUUCACAGUACAAUAAUUAGUCAUUUCUAUUGCCUGCCAUUCAAUUCCUGUUUGAAUCAACUGUCACAACAUUCCACAAGAACAAAAAUAAAUCAUCACUGAUUUAUGAACUAUUGCCCAGUAGUCACUGUGCACUGACCUCAAAUGUGCCUUGUGUUCAAAGGUUAAGAUUUUUACAUUAAAUAUUUGAAAUGAAAUUUUACUGUAGCAAACUUCUAAGUUAUUAGAAUCUGGUGUACAUAUUUAAUCUGUGUAUAAUUUGUAGAGCCUUGCAGUGUAUAUUUGUGUUGAGCAAAUUCAUACAGUACUUUUGUGUUGAGAUCACAAUCUCAUGCAGUUUUCAAAAUAAAAGAGAUGUUUCAGU